AUGGCAUGUAGCACGAGUGUAGCCACUCCUGACAGACCUGAGUCUUCUCCUAAAAAUGAACACCUGUCUGAUGAUGAACUGGAUGAAUAUGAUUUGGAAAAUUAUGAUGAACAAACAGGUGAUAUAAAACUUGGAGACUCUUUGGCUACUCUGGCGGUAUAUGGGAGUAAUGACCAUGACCCUUACAUCACUCUAAAAACCACUGAUCAAUAUGAACAGGAGGACUUCUUGAUUAAGCCCACUGACAAUCUUGUUCUUUGUGGCAGAGCUGAUAAAGACUGCUGUAGUUUGGAGGUCCAUGUUUAUAAUCACGAAGAGAACUCCUUUUAUGUACAUCAUGAUAUUAUCUUGCCUGCUUACCCUCUAAGUCUGGAGUGGUUGAAUUUUGAUCCUAGUCCUGAUGAAUCAAUAGGAAAUUAUGUUGCAGUGGGUAACAUGACCCCAGUUAUUGACAUUUGGGACCUGGACAUAGUAGAAUCCUUAGAACCAGUCUUUUCUCUUGGAGGCAAGAAAGAGAAAAAGAAGAAAAAGAAAGGAAAGAAAAGUUUAUCAUCAGAAGGUACAGUGAAGGAACAUACUGAUGCUGUGCUUGAUCUUUCAUGGAAUAAACAAAGCAGGUAA